CUAAUAAUAAUAUAUCAUCUGAAAUUCAACGGAAACUGAAAUAUAUUGUUGGUUUCCCGGAUCAAAAUAUACAGAAAAUCCCAAGAGGGUUCUUAUGGUUGAAGACGUACAUAUGGACAAUGAAACUGAUGCACUAUGCAUGGCAGAUAAUUCGUCUGAACCUACUACGGCUACCGCAACAAUCCAGGUUUUGGUAGGAAUACCUCUAUUGAUACAGCAGUUCGGAGCAUUGUUCAAGAAAAACAUAAUAUUGUCAUUGAGGAAUAAGAAAGCGUUUAUCGGGCAACUUUUCUCACCGGUCGUCUUCAUACUCUUGUUGGUAGGUGUUGAAAAUGUUCUGAAUUCUGGUUAUAUGUCUAACAGAACUAUAGAUGUCCGUGAUCCGGAACCUCUAGUUAUCCCACCAAUUCCUCCAUGUGAAACCAAGUUCUAUGUCCAGCUUCCUUGUUACGAUUUCGCGUGGAGCGGAAACGCAAGUCCCAGGAUUCAAUCAAUUGUGGAGAAGAUCAUGUUGAAUAAUCCUGGUAGGCCUAUUCCUUCGAACAAGGUGAAAUCAUUUAAAACGAGUGAUGAUGUAAAUGCUUGGCUUUACAGUGAACCUCUGCAUUGUGCUGCGGCCUUUCACUUUGUUGAAAGAAGUGCUACUGUAAUAAGCUAUGGGAUACAAACAAACGACUCAGAAACGAUAUUGCGAGGAGUAACUGAAGACCCUGUGUUUAAGUUUCAAUUACCACUUCAAAUUGCUGCUGACCGUGAAAUUGCGAGGGUUCUUGCUAUAACUCCGAAGUUAAAUUGGAAUGCGGAACUGAAGGAAUUUGCACAUCCUUCGACUGAAUAUGUAUCUGCAAUGGCCAGUGCAGGAUGGGUUUUCCUUCUUGCGAUAACAAUGUUUCCUUUCAUAUCACAAAUAGGUUCUUUGGUUGCAGAGAGAGAACUUAAACUCCGUCAGGUUUUGCGCUACGCAUUGAUACAAGCCUUGAAAGUUUUGGAGUGCAACACUUUCUUCUCUGAUUCAUUCAUCCUUUGUGAAACCCAAUUUUUUCCAACAUACUCCCUUUUACAGGCAAUGUCAAUAAUGGGUCUUUAUGAAUCCGCGUACUGGUUAUCAUGGCUCGUAUGGGACACUGUUAUGAUAUGCAUUGCAUCACUUCUUACUAUUAUCGUAGGGCUUAUAUCCCGGUUCGACUUUUUCGUGCAAAAUAGUUUUGUGGUUACGUUCUUGACUUUCUUCCUGUUUCAGCUCAGUAUGAUUGGUUUCGCAUUUGCGGUUUCGACUCUCCUUAGCAAGUCAUCAGCAGCAAAUACUGUGGGUUUCUUUGUAUUUAUCGUCGGUUCCUUAACCGGGACGGCUCCUAGUGAGGUUGUGGAUCAGUUUUCAAAAAUAUUCAGAAUUUUAUGGAAUUUUUUCCCUCCUAAUAUUUUCGGUCAAGAGGUUACAAAGCUUAAUACGGCAUCAAUGACUGGUAAUGGGAUUGCCUGGAGUGGUAUAAAUAAAUGUCCACUUCCCGGGGUUCCGUGUUCCACAAUGGGGGUAUCACUUAAAUGGAACUUGGCAAACUUCAUUGUAUGGUUUCUGUUGGCACUCUACUUGGACAACGUUAUCCCGAACUCAUCUGGUGUAAGAAAAUCAGUCAUUUAUUUCGUGAACCCGGGAUACUGGACUGGAAGCAGUGCUGGUGGUAGCACAAGUGACAUUCCACUACUAGAUGAAAAGAACUUGGAUAAGGAUGAAGAUGUCCUCGAAGAGGAACGCACGGUGAGAGACCAACUGAAGGAAGAUUACAAAAUGAGUAACGAUUCAAAAAUUGCAGUUCAAAUACGUGGUCUUGCAAAAGCAUAUCCUGGGAGAACUGGAACUUAUCAUGCCGUCAAGGGUGUAUGGAUGAACUUUGAAAAGGAUCAACUGUUUUGUCUUCUUGGACCUAAUGGAGCUGGAAAAACUACAACAAUAAACUGUUUGAUCGGCAAUAUACCCGUGACGGGCGGAGAUGCGUUGAUAUACGGAAAUUCAGUUAGAAGCUCAAUCGGCAUGACAAAUAUUCGAAGAAUCAUAGGAGUCUGUCCCCAGUUUGAUAUUCUUUGGCCGGACAUAUCAUGUGAGGAACACCUUCGUCUCUUUGGAAGUAUCAAGGGUCUACCCCCUUCUUUGCUCGAUUCGAUUGUUAAGGAAGCACUAGAAAAUGUAAAGCUUGCUGGUGCAGCAGGAGUAAGAGCCGGAAGCUGCAGUGGUGGGAUGAAGCGUCGCCUCAGUGUUGCUGGUGCUCUUCUAGGGGACCCGAAAUUGGUCAUCUUGGAUGAACCUACCACAGGUAUGGACCCAGUUACUCGUAGACAUGUAUGGGACGUAAUAGAAUACGCGAAGAAAGGCCGGGCGAUUGUUCUGACAACUCACUCUAUGGAGGAAGCUGACAUAUUAGGAGACCGCAUAGCAAUUGUUGCAAAGGGUAAACUCCGUUGCAUUGGUACGUCAAUACGGUUGAAAUCACGGUUUGGGACUGGUUUAGUUGCUACGGUUAGUUUUGUGGAGAACACUUCGAGACGAUUACCCGUGGAUGGAGAUGCAGUCACUGAUGAACCUCAUCAUCUGGCUGUGAAGCAGUUCUUCAAGCAUCAUUUGAAUGUGGUACUUAAAGAGGAGAAUAAGUCAUUCCUGACUUUUGUUAUUCCCCGCGAUAAAGAGAAACUUUUAUCGGAUUUUUUUGAUAAGCUUGAAGACCAAAAGAAUGAGUUUGGGAUAGGAGAUAUCCAACUUGGGUUGACAACACUGGAAGAGGUCUUCUUGAAUAUUGCCAAAAAAGCCGAGUUUGAAAAUGCUCCGAAUGAAGGCAACUUGGUUACUCUGACACUAACAUCCGGGAAAAAAUUACGGAUACCCAAGGGUGCGAAUUACGUAGGAAUUCCAAAGACAGAAUCCGAAGAAAAUCCACGGGGAGUGUUGGUUGAAGUAAUCUGGGAGCAAGAUGAAAAUGGGUUUCUCAAAAUGUCAGGUCAUUCCAAAGAAUAUCCGGUACCGCCAAAUGCUAAAAUAGUUGCUUCAAAUGCAAAACCGUCCGAAGCUCCACAGGUAGAUCAACCAGAAGUAGGGGUCAUAUAUGAUCUUACGGAUUCCGAAGCUUCAAAUUUAAGGAGUCUAAGUAGGAAAAUUUUGUAGUAUAUUGAAGCCUGUGAAGGCAUCGUUUUAUCAUCAGUGUAAAAUGUAUUAACAAUGAGAUGAUACGAAACCCAGUUUUAAAUUGGCCUUAACUUUAAAUUGGCCUUGUAACUAAA